UCCGGUUGGCGGGCUCGCUCAGUCGCUCGCUCUCUCCUGGCCGCGGGGUCUCCGAGCCCCCGGGAAGAAAAGCCCGACGCGCCGUGAAGCGAAGGCGCCCCCCACGCCGGAGCGGCAGGCGCACCCGCUCCCUGCACGCAGCACUCAGUGCCUUAGAAAACAUCCAGCUAUUGAUUUUGAACCGGACCAGACUGGGCCUCAGCCGUCAAAGCUGUGCUGGUGAGAAGCAAAACGAUCCCAGAGCACAAUGAUGACUGUAGACCUGAAGGUGACUGAAUACUUGAACUCUCACGUCAGGGCUCUGUGGGAGACCAAAAGACCUGUGACAGAGAGCUCCAGUCAGAGUAAGAAAUACACUCCACAAACCAGCAUUUUCCAAUCCGAGAACUUUCGCCAGCACUUCCGGGGCUUCCGCUAUUGUGAAGCAGCUGGGCCCCGUGAGGCUGUUAGCCGCCUUCAGGAAUUCUGCCAUCAGUGGCUGAAGCCUGAGAUCCACUCAAAAGAACGGAUCUUGGAACUUCUGGUGCUUGAGCAGUUCCUGACCAUUCUGCCCAGAGACACGGAGACUCAGCUGAAGAAGCAACGGCUGCAGACCAUCGAGGAGGCCGUGGCACUGGUGGAAUGCUGGCAGAGGGAAGCUGCUCAAACAAGGAAUGGGGUUGCAGCCCAUGAUCUGGGAAAGGAAAUGGUGCUCUUUGGAGAAAUAUCAGCCGCUCCAGGUUCCAAGCUAAAGCCACCAGAAUUCCAGCCAGUGAACCUAUGUCAGAAUGAAGAAUUUUGGAAUACAUACAGGGGUCUGCAAGAACAGCUGAGCUGGAACACUCAGAAAGACACUGAGCCUUUAUGUGAGAGGGCUCUUCCAGCAUACCAGCCUCUAGCCUUUCCCGAGCAGACAAACACCAAAGACUGGACAGUGGCACCUAAGCUCAUCUUGCCUGAGUUCCAGAGCUUGUUGGCAUUUGAAGAAGUGGCCCUAUAUUUUUCCCAGGAAGAAUGGGCGUUACUGGAUCCCACUCAGAAGGCCCUCUACAAGGAUGUAAUGCAGGAGAACUAUGAGACUGUUGUCUCUCUAGCAUUAUUUGUGCUUCCCAAACCUAAAGUGAUCUCCUGUCUAGAGCACGGGGAAGAACCUUGGGUUCAAGGACCCCUUCCGCGCAAGGACAGCCCAGGAAUGUUGCCUGCAGGGUUAAAAAAUGACAUUGAAAAUCAUCAGCCUAUAUGUCUUUCUAACUUAGAAGUACAAGCACCAGGAGAUAUAGUGUCCAAAAAGAUUAAAAUAAAAGUCUCCCAGAAAACAACAGGUGAAGAAAAUCAUGGUGAUAUGCAGAGGGCAGGGAAAUGGCACCGAGAUAGUCCAGUGAAGAAAAAAAAGAAGCUUUCAAGUUGGAAACAAGAACUGCUGAAACUCAUGAACCUUCACAAGAAGCACCGAGCAGGAGAGAAGCCUUUUAAAUGCCAGGAGUGUGGGAAAAGCUUCAAAGUUAGUUCUGACCUUAUUAAGCACCAAAGAAUACACACGGAAGAGAAACCGUAUAAGUGUCAUCAGUGUGAUAAAAGGUUUAGGUGGAGUUCGGAUCUAAAUAAGCAUUUAACAACACACCAAGGAAUAAAACCAUAUAAAUGUUCAUGGUGUGGGAAAAGCUUCAGUCAAAAUACAAAUUUACACACACACCAAAGAACUCACACUGGAGAGAAGCCUUUUACUUGUCACGAAUGUGGGAAAAAAUUUAGUCAGAACUCCCACCUUAUUAAACAUCGGAGAACCCACACGGGUGAGCAGCCGUAUAGCUGCAGUACAUGCAGGAGAAAUUUCAGCAGACGGUCGAGUCUUCUUAGACAUCAGAAACUGCAUCGGUAAGGGAAUGUGUUCUGGUCUCCUCAGUCAGAAGAAACACAUUCCGUGGAUAUGACCUCAGUUUUUUGAAAACCUACAUCGUGAGGCAUGAAGAAUUUUAUCAGUGGAAUUUGGGAAUAUAUAAGCAUUUCACAAACAAGUCAGGUCAACUGUAAGGGUUAAGAUAGGUGUUCUGAAAACAUUUGAAACAUUUUGUACAAGAGAAAAUCUCCAGGGAAUGUAGCUGGCAUGAUAGCAAAUUCCACUUUAAAUAGUUGAGGCAACUGGAAGUCAUCUCUGGUGACUAGCCCCAGGUAGCCACAUACAAAACAAAUGCCCUGCCCACUGUAUCGUCACUGAUGCAUCCACUUUAACACACAGUGGGGGUGUUUGUACCAUAGUCUUCCACAACAGCAAUAAAUGUGCAAUGAUUGUAUAUCACCUUAAGGUCACAGGGCUACCGUCACAAGUAGCCUAAUGGAAGAAAUGUACUCUAAUGUAGUGUUAGCUAAGAAUCAAGAGAAUUUUCUUCCAUUCUCAUAAUUGAAACACUUCACAGAGUUAGACAUUGAGUUCCUUCUUGAACUUCUUGUAAACUUUAGCUCUUGAAUUUUUACAGUGCUGAUGUAAUUUACUUCACUGAGAAAUUUGCCACAUGAGCUAAUAAUGCACUCUUAUGUCUCUCAUUGGUGAUGUUUGAAGAAAGGAAAACAUCUCUAAUGAGAUCAUACAAAAACGGGUUGGAAUUUUUAGCCAUGAAUUCUAUAUAUAUAGAGAGAGAGAGAGAGAGAAAGUUGUAAAGGGUUGGGUUGUAACUUAGUGGUAGGUUCUGGGUUUAGUACCUGGUACCACAAAAAUGUAAUUUUCUGCAGUAAAAGCAGCUAGAUUGUUCCUUACCUCAUAAUGUCAAUAGGAUAAAAUAGCCAUAUAAUUACUAUUUGCUCAAGAUCUAAAAAAUUAAUGAAUUUAGGUUCAACUCAGGUUUUUGUUUUGAAUGUGGCUUAUUGAUGACAUUGAGCUGUGUUGGUGUCAGACUCCAGCAUUUGCUGCGGACAGGCUCCUGGGGCAGUCCGCAGGAGACGGGGUUCCAGAGGGAAAACCUUUAGAGCCGAUUCUCCACAGACAAAUUCAUUUCCAUGUUGUUGAAACAUGUUACAUGUUACACUUUUAAGUGAGAAGUUUAGUGUCCUCUAAUAUGGAAUUUGGCAGACGCUUUAGGUGAUGUACUGCUACAAGUACAGGCUGUGGAUGGAUUUUAUUUUCAUGCACCUUUGGUGGGGAGGGGGUUGCAGGCCACACCUGGCUGUGCCUGGUGCUCUACGCUCAGGAAUUGCAGUGCUUAGGGGAUCCUUUGAGGUGCUGAGGAUCAGACCUGGGCUGGCUGUAAGCAAGGUAAGCCUUCUCUGCUGUGCUGACUCUUAAUUCAUCUUUUUAUCCACAACAGUGACAUGUUAGGAAGAGGUUUAAAUUAUUUCUUUCUCAUAUAUGAAGUUAGUGGUCCAGACAUACAGGAAGCUGUUGACUCCAUAGCUAGAGGGUCCCUUGGCUGUCACUUAGCUUCAUCCCGAAGGCAGGAUUAUAGAAGGCUAGCAUGUCAUGUCAUGCUUGUACAACCAGCCUACCAUUGUAUCUAGUUCUAGCUGAUAAAGCAUUCAUAUUAGUUAAGAUGCUCUCCAUUUUCUGUAUAAGAUAGGUAGCACUUAGAAUUGUUGUGGGCAUUAGAUAAAUCGGGAAGUUCUCUAGUGUACU